GAGGCCGGGGAGAGCCGGGGAGAGCCGGAGCAGCGAGCGGAGGUUCCGGGGACUGCGCGGCCGGCGGUUGCGAGCGGACGCCAUGUCAUCCAAACCCAGCUGCCUGAUGGUGUUGAGCGCGGCGGCCGGAGGAGUAUCUGCUCAGUCAUUUCAUCAAUCCUUUGUGCUCUGUAGCACAGCUUUUAACCUGCAGAUUGCUACUCCAGGGGGGAAGCCAAUGGAAUUUGUGGAGCUGGAUGAGAAUAAUAUUCGGUGGAUAAACGAUUUUCGCAUGAAGCCUUAUUCCAAUCCGGCCAAGUUGGAGUCAAUAGAUGGUGCCAGGUACAAUGCCAUCUUGAUUCCUAAUUGUCCUGGUGCCAUGGUGGACCUUGCGACCAGCGGAUACCUGGCCAAGAUUCUUCAGAAUUUCUGCGCUGAGAAAAAGCCAAUUUGUGUGGUGGGACAUGGAGUUGCUGCUUUGUGCUGUGCUACCAACCAAGAAAAGUCAUGGAUAUUCCAGGGCUAUAGCUUGACUGGGCCCUCGGUCUUUGAGCUGGUGAGGAGAACAGAUUUUGCGAGCCUUCCAAUCAUAGUGGAGGACUUUGUGAAAGAUUCGGGAGCCACCUUCAGUGCGAGCGAACCAGAUGCGGUCCAUGUGGUGGUUGACAGACACCUAAUAACUGGACAGAAUGAUCACUCUACUCUCAUUGCAGUCCAGAACCUCAUCCUAUUCUGUAACGUCAGGAAAUGAUCGCACUUUAGUUCAUGACUCUAUUGAGAACCAUUGAAUUGGCUGCUGCACCAAGAAGCACAGAACCUUCCAGGUCCAAUGGAGAGAGCAAGAGUAUGAAAGGCAAAUACCUAUCCCUAAACGUGCUCCAGCCCUGGGGACCAAGCCCGUCGAGUAUUUAGUUUUCAUCUCCAUGUUUGCCCACACAAAAGACUCUAAAUCGCUAAUAAGUCAGAAAGAGUGACAAAAAAUAUGCAGCUGAUUAAUGCUGAACCUACUUGUGGUUAUUGAGCAAAUAAACAUCUUCAAUUAAACAGCU